UCUCUCGAUAGGAGCAGGAAGAACAAGUUCUAUUGUUCUUUCCUAUCUUUCGAGAUAGUUGAAGUGAUUGAAAGUGAAUUAGGUGGAAUACGUGAUUCUUGCAAGAUAAGUGGAAUCGUUACACAGAUAAAAACUGAAAAUUAGCUAAAACAAGAGAAGGACAUUGAUAGUGGUUCAGUGAAUUGAGUGUUAAAAUUAAGGAAUUGGAUUUUAAGGACAUUUUUGAACUGCUGUGCAGUUCAUUCUUAUUCAAAAUCAUGCAACAGUCCGUCAAAAGGAUAAAACUGCUCAAGCAGCUGUGUCGUUGUAUGCUGCUGCUUGCCAUUGCCAUCGUCGUGACGAACGCGAAACCCGAAGCCCCAGUCAAUUCGUAUCUGCCGCCGUCGCACGGUCACAACGGGUAUCACGAUGAUCACCACCACGAUGAUCAUCACCACCACGGGGACGAUCAUCAUCACACGGAUUUAGUACCGCCGUCGUCGAGCUACGGAACACCGGACAGUAGCUACGGGCCACCGCAUCAUCAUUCGGGCUUCGACGAGCAUCACGAACAUCAUGAACACCAUGAGCACCACGAGGAGCAUCAUGACUCGUUUGAGGAUGAACCAGCCAAGUAUGAGUUCACAUAUGAAGUGGAUGAUGAAGAUCGUGAUUUAUCGUUUGGGCACGAGGAAAUGAGAGACGGAGAUUACACAACUGGAAAGUACAACGUUCUGCUCCCCGACGGUAGACGACAGAUAGUCGAAUACGAAGCCGAUCACAAAGGAUACCGGCCGAAAAUCACCUACGAAGGCGGAGACGAACAUCCCCACCACCACGAACACCCGCACCUACACCACCACGACGGACACGCCGGCUAUCCUCACGAGUCGCCUCACAACCAGCUGGGCUAUCCGAAGGAGUCUCAUCAUGACUUCGAGCACGAGCACGACCACGAACACGAUAAUGGGCACAGCCGAGCGGAUCACGGCAUUCACGAUGGUCAUGGCGGUCAUCAUGGUUACGAUGGCAAUGCUCACGAGUAUCACAGCCACAAUGGGCACGACCAUGGGCACCAUCAUCGGCGCAACUCGGACGAGGGCGGUCAUGGCCACGGGAACGGACACGGACAGCAGCACGGACACAACGGAAACGGAAAUGGCCACAAUGGCAAGCAUCAUCGUCGUGGUGCUAACGGAAAUGGACACCAUAGCGGCAGCGGCAACAACGGGGGACAUCGUAACAAUGGUUAUCACUAGGACGUAGGGGAAUGGUGCAAUCAAGGGAGGAUUAUCGGAUGAAGAGAGGCUCAACACUGCAAACUGCGAAUAAAACAUUUAUUUAAUCACAACAGUAGUACAAAUUAGCGGUUAAUAUUUAUUCCUUAACAAUUGUUUUCAACAAUGCAUUUAUCAUGCUUCAUUGCCAGUUCAAUUACUUAUUAAUUUAUAGAUAGCAAGAGUAAUGGCGAAAACAGCUUGUGGCUUAUCGUCAGUAGUUAGGAAAUGCUAACGCUUAAAUUUACUACGAUACUAAAUAAAGCAAUCUCAGCAAGACGGUCAUCGAAAAAGAAGCAAAACUCUUCAACGCAGUUGGAGGAUUCGAUGAAUCGAAAAAAUACCAACACCAAACCCAA